AUGGAUCCUCGUCUCACGCCUCUCCACCAAGACCUCCACAAUGUCCAGAUGGAAGUGAAGCAGGUCCAGUUCGUCCAGGCCAACCAUGCCGAGCGACUGAUGCGACUCGAGAGACGACAGACAGAGGAUGCUGCCAUAAAGUCUGUAUGGAAUCCGUCCCCAUUCCCCAGCGCCUUAGGGGGGACCCCUCAACAUGGGCCGGUACAGAUGCCAAACAACCAGGUUUUCGACGACUUCGACGAUGAACAGAGCCAGAACCUCAUAGGCUCGCUUCACCUCGACGCCGAUGAGGAACCGACUCGGCGAGGGGCCGCAUCCAGGGCCAACAGUGUCCGGUUUGACGAGACAACCCUUCACAGUUCGAAUUGGGGCCAGGCUGGACGUCAGUCUGGGGAGUUCGCUCCCACCAGGCCUUCGAGCGGUCUGAGUGGCCCGUCUCUGAUGGAACGGACCUAUUCUCACAAAUCAGACGGAAGACACAGUUCGGCAGGCCACUCUGUACAUUCAUUCCACUCCAUGGCAUCUGGUCGUACGAGUAGCCUUGGCCUAGACUUGCUCCUAGGUACGCGAGACGACGAAGACGACUCAUCUCUGAUCGACAUUGCUGGACCGCCUCCAGGGCUGAUGUUUCUUGGCUCCUUUCCUUCGAUUGUCCGGUGCUGGCUCACUACACAGUACUCCCACGACACGCUCCUGUAUGCGGUUGUCUGUAGUGGCUCCCAGAAGUCGACUGUGGACUACUCGCUUCUCAAGGAACUAGGUCUCUCGCGCGAAUGUCACAGGGACAACAAUGGAGUCAUGCGCAUUGCCUUGCCCGUCUACUUUGCCGAGGCUACUGUCUCCCAGCCGCACUCCCGGUCCAUCUCGUCUCAACAGGUUCCUUACAUCAAUGUCGAUUUCGAGGUCACGGGGGCGGAACAGGCCGAUGGAGGCGAGGACCGGAAGGAAAUCCACAUCUUCAUUGGCAGUGACACUUUGCGCGCGUACAGUGCCGAUCUGCUGUUGUCGCAGAACCGGAUGUCCCUCUUUGGCAAUGGAGAUGAUCGUGAUAGACUCUCCGUUCCUUUUGUAAGGCCCGAGGAUGAGUCCACUUACAAGCACAUCGCGACUGUGAAUGUAGUGCCAGAGAAGCCGAAGCUGAAUGCUAACGCGCCCGAGUUCGUGUCUGGCGACUCUCGAGCUCAGGCUGCGACGGUGCGAGCGUCGGAGCCAGCCGUGGCGGGAGUCCCGCAGUCUGAGCCCGAGACAUCUGAUGUGCAGUCUCCAUUCUCUCCCAUGACCACGCAGUCAGGCUACCCCAGCAAGAGCAUCGGCACCAGUCUUCCCUCAGACAGUGGCAGCGAUCGACAGCAGAGAGACACGGCCCCGAGCGUGACAGACAGUAGCAGCGUUGCUGGCAAGGAGAACGCCGGACAGGCUGAGGAGAAGCGGCGCGACUCUGCCGCUGGAAUAUGGGGAUCCUGGAGGCAGGGCGCCACCGCUGGUAGUGAUUCUGCCCAGCGAGAGAACGGCCUGAGCGGGUACCAGCCGGCUGGUGGCCGUGGAGGACGCAGCAUGAAGAUCUUGAAGCCCCAGAAGUCGGCGUCCUUGUCCUCAUCUGCUCGGGCUGGAACGACGUACGACCAAUCUCCACCGGCGAGGCCGAGCGGUGAGCUUCGACGGAAGAGCCAGGGCGCAGUCUCGAUGCUGGAAUCCAACGAUGGAGGCUCUGCUACUCCGCCCCCGGCUGUCCGCUGGGAAAACGUGAGGCGCAGUGUGAGCAGCGCAACACCAGGAUCAACAGCGACGCCGGCAGCGACGACAACGCCUGCGGUAGACAACAAGGCCACCAAGACACCUGCAACACGGUCAAAUCCCAUUGGCGGUGCCUCGGCCUUUUCCUGGAUGACACCCACAAGC